AUGGCGAGCCCAGAGGGUGACAUCAACCUUUCUGUACCGAAGUUCUCAUCCUUCAAAUCCAAAUUACCAGAGGCUUCGAAGGAUCAAGAUGAGCAUAGGCGGAAACGGCAUCGUCACCAUAGCCACAGGGAAAGGAACGACGACACAGAUGCUGACCGAGACUCCAAACGCGUUCGCCAUGCAAAGGAUUCUCAUCAUAGAGACAAGGAUCGCCACAGGGAGAGGUCUUCACGCGAGAAGGAGAAGCAUCGCAGAUCCAAAAGUCCCAGAGAUCGGAGGGAAAGGGAGAAUUCUGGGGAACGCGUAGAGUUGACGAAGAAGGCGGCACCCCAACCCUCCCAUGCGCAACAGAUCAAGUCUGAUGUAUUUUUCUUUGACACGAAAGGGGAUCCCUUAAUUUACAGAUAUGGCCGGCUGGACCGCUAUCAAAUCCCGAGAUACUACCGCCACGGGGCAGGAAAAGUCCUGGGCACUUCUGGGCGUUUGGUAAUCCACCGCGAGCUCGCCGGUGACACAUUCAGUCUUCGUAUGCCUGGAGAAGGUUCCGCUCGGUAUCGUGAGAGAGAUGGCCUUCGGUCAAAAGUAUCUCGGCUGAAAAGACAGCCGAUUUUACUUAGGCCUUCCAAACAUGCCCACCCUGACGACGAAGCAGACGAUGGCUAUAUUGCUGUUAAGCCGAGAAAUCGAAAGCAUGUUCCAACUGAUACGGAUUCAGAAGAUUCCGAAGACGACCAAAAGCUCUCGUACCGAUCCAUUGAAGGGAAAGCUAAGGUGAAGGCUAUGACUGAUAGCGAGUCGUCCGAUGAAUCAAACUCAGAGGACGAACCCCCUCCAUUGGAGCAGACUAACCCUCUAAAAUGGCGCUCGAUACAGCUGAACCGUCAAGUAAAGGAUCACCCAGAAGACAUUGCAGCCUGGCUGGAGUUGGUAGACCAUCAAGAUGCCCUGCUCAAAGCCGGAGAGAGCCUUGACCAUGAGAUUCUCGAAAACGAGGCAAAGAGCUUUACAGAGAUCAAGGUAUCCAUGCUUGAAUCGGCCCUGACCCAUGCCAAAAGUCCGUCAGACCGUAGCACGGUUUUGAACCGCCUGAUGCGCGAGGGUAUCAAAGUCUGGACCGGUAAGACUGCGAUGAAGAAAUGGGCCGAGCUCCAGGGAGAGACAAAGGAGGAUUUCGAGUUAUGGAAAACUCAUUUGGACUUUGCCAUGUCCAACAUAUCUUCAUUCCAGUAUGGAGAGAUUAAGCAAACUCUCCUUGACCGGCUAAAAGAGCUAUCUUCAUCCCUCGAUGAUAAGCCUUCAUAUGAUACCUUGACGCAAGUGGUCUAUGUAUUUCUACGACUUACAGUCUUCGUUUACGAUGCUGGGUUCAAGGAAUUGGCGGUUGCUGCAUGGCAAAGCACCCUGGAAGCAACGUUUUUUAGACCCAAAGGUUUGCCAGACGCCCAGGCUUCGCUUUCGUCUUUUAGUGAGUUCUGGGAGAGCGAAGUUCCUCGCAUUGGCGAGACGUCUGCCGCCGGGUGGGAAAGCUUCGUAAAUUCGGGCAAUGAUGGAGAUGCCCCCGAGCCACUCCAAGCAGAGCCGGGGGCUGCAGAGACGUCGCGCGACGUGUACAAGUCGUGGGCGAUAUCUGAACGACGCAUGGCUAAUCAGGCGAGAAAACCUGCCCGUACGAUGGACGAGGGCACAGAGGAUGAUCCAUUCCGAGUUGUGAUGUACUCCGAUAUCCAGCCAUUUCUCCUCUAUAUCCCCGAACAUGCUCUAGUUGAUGCCAAGGAUCAGUUGAUGAAUGCGUUUUUCAUUUUCUGCGGCCUUCCUCCGCUUUCAACGGCAAGCAAGUGGUCCGAGGCGGCAGUCCAAGAUCAGUUUCUAAGUUUGAACUUCAUAAAUGCGGAAGCUCGGAAGGUCAAUGACCUUCCGAGCGAAAGUUUGGAUCCUCUAGAAGUUCGAAAACCAUCACCGAGAAGCGGGUCUGUGCUGUAUGCCUCAUGUAGCACCGAUUUGCUCUUCCCAAACCACGACUGGUAUCACUACCUUGGCUCAAAAUCGAAUCCCAAACGUCUCGAACAGGAUUGGAUACUCAAUGUGGCAAAGCAGCUCUCCAAACGGGAUCCUACACCGGAGCUCGCUAUGUAUUCACUAGCUCUAUGCUCCUUUGGAGGACAGGAGAGUGUCAAGAGCCUUGCAAAAGGGUUGCUGAAACGAUACCCUACCAGUCCUCGUCUAUAUAAUGCCUAUGCUUUGGCUGAGUAUGCAGAGGGCAAGGUCGAUGUUGCGAAGAAGGUUCUUUCAUCCGCAACACAACUUUUUCUAGACUUGUCUCAAUCUGAGGCAGCUGAGCUGUGGCGAACAUGGUCCUGGAUUGAGCUCAAUGCUGGCAGCCACAAACAAGCAGCGAGAAGGUUAUGUUCCGCUGCAGAUACGACGUUGGCAAAGAACACCGAUGACGAGUAUGAUGUUUCUCCUACACAUGUCCUGAAAGCGCGCCGUUACUUCACUUCCAAUGUCGGGUAUUUGGCAUCUACGGGCGAUUUGGAUGGUGCUGAAAGCCAGGGAGAAUGCCUUGCCCUGCUCUCCUACCUUACAUCGGAGGGGUGCACGGAGCCAAGAUCUCCAUCUCAGGGAAACAUUGUGGCUGCUAUGCAAAGCAUUGAGAUGGUCAGCAACGAGUUGCAAGUGUCUCCCAGCGUUGGCAAGAUUCAGGCUGCCCAUGAACGUUUGCUGCAGUUUGCCGCCCGCCUCCUAUAUUUCAACGCCAUGAACGGACCGUCCCGGAGGGAAUACACACAGCAUUGCCUCACCAACUUCAUCGAACGGUUCCCGCACAACACAAUCUUUUUGUCUUUGCUGGAAUGGUCAGACUCAAGCCUGCGAGUUGUGGACGAAACUCGAAGUUUGUUAUACGACAAAGUCCUUGUGGGGCGACAAGACCGUAUCAGCAGUCGGAUAUUUGCUAUCGAACACGAGAUAGCUCGUGGAAAUGUUAAUACGGCCAAGGCAGCGUUCGAGCACGCGGUGAUGAGUGAUGAGUGCAAGAACAACCCACAAAUUUGGAUUGGUUAUGUUCGGCAUUGCUAUGUGAACAGAGAACAACGGGAGAAGGCCAAGGACGUGUUCUAUCGCGGCCUGCGCCAUUGUCCAUGGUCGAAGUCGGUUAUGAUGGAGGCAUUUGGGACGUUGGUCCACGCCAUGGAGUCAAAUGAAUUAAAGUCGGUGUUUGAUACGAUGACGACCAAAGGUCUGAGAAUCCACGUCGAUCUGGAGGGUUAUUUGGAAAAGAGGAAAGAUGAAGAGCGGGAACGCGGGGAACAGAAUAUAAGGAGAAAGGACAAGAAGGGCAGAGAGAAACGACGAGAGUCGAAAAGGGCAGUUGCUUGA